CCAAAGGCCAUGCAGCGAGGCGAGGUAAGCAAAGUUGGAUCGACCCGUCCUCCCUUCCAGAACCUUCCCUCUCUCCCUCCCCUCUGAGAUCCCCCCAUGCCGGCGGCGACGGCGAUAUCGCUCUCUCCGGGGCCCUCCGCCGCCCGACGCCCAACCAAUCCCCUACACCGGGCCGCGUCCUCCCCCUCCUGCUUCAACCCGCCGCAGCCGGGGCGGCCGCCGACCGGAGGCGCCGUCGCCGCCUCCGCCGGACGCCGCGUCGCCCGCUGCAAGGCCGCCGGCCCCUCCGCCGCCGACCACGUGGGAGAUGUGGAGGAGCAGACGUGGGACGAGGUCGUCCUGGGGUGCGAGACAGCGGUGCUGGUCGCGUUCUGGGCGCCAUGGUGCGGCCCCUGCCGCCUGAUGCACCCCAUCAUCGCAGACCUGGCCAAGGCCUACGCCGGCAGGCUGAGGUGUCUGAGGGUGAACACGGACGAGAACCAGGAGGUGGCCUCGAGGUAUGGCAUCAGGAGCAUCCCCACCAUCCUCAUCUUCAAGGACGGCGAGAGAAAGGAGACAGUCAUCGGCGCCAUUGCAGACACGGCAUUGGCCGCCACAGUCGACAGGUUCUUGUGAGCCUACAGUAGCAUGCUGUAACAUAGUACAUGCUGAUCCGAGUGAAAAGAUUUUGCAACGAGCCUGGCAUUCUAGCUCUGCUUCCAUGAUUUUUUUUGUGAAAUCAGACUGAGUUUGCGUGCACAGGGGAAUAAUUUGCUGUCAUCGCUUCUGAUUUGAUGAUAAUCAAGCCUGCAAGAGGAUGACCAGUUUUAAUGGCUGACUAUUGUUGGUUGGGCCAUAUGUAUGUUGCUUUCUUGUAUAUCUGAUGGUGGCAUUUUUCUCGACGAUAUCUGAUGGUGGCUGUAUCUAGUGCUGCAAGUCAAAUCAUAUAUUCAUAUGUAAUGGGCAAUUCUAAUUCUUUGCUCUUCAAUGCCCGAGGGCCUCUUUGAUUUAAAGUUUCCUUUUUGCAUACGAAUCUUUCGUAAGAACUUUGAACUGCGUCAUAUGAAAUUUUCUACAUAAUUAAUUCAA